UAAAUUUGUUAUCGUUGCAGCCGGAUCCUUUGACAAAUGCACUAGAAUACCGAUACUCCUGCUCCUACAGCGGCUUGUGAGAAGUACACUCUCUGUUUGCCCUCCUAGGCUUCAACGCCAACGACUCAAAUGGAAUCUACUGUCUUAAAUACGUAUCUACAUGGCAAUAAUACAAACAAUUAAAAAGUAGUAUAAAAAAUCCCAGCGUCCAGUACGGCACUAUAAAGCACCUGCGCUAUCGAUAGUAAAGUCGCGUCACGCAUGCCCAUCAAUGUUCAGCCUACGUCAGCCACCCGACCUCCAAACGUCGCCUUUCCAUAUUCACAGCGACCAUGAGUGAUCCGAAGUAUACGGUAUACGUUCGAGUUCCUAUUCCAAGAGGAGAUUUUGUUGACCCUCCUCCGGUUAACUGGGACUCAUCCAAAGACGACGACUUAUGGCGUCUCUUAUCCAGUGCUGGACAGCAAGAGAUCGAUUGGAAUCAAAUCGCGGACCGGUUCGAUGUUACAGUAGAGUUUCUUCUUCAGCAAGUUGCUUAUCUAACCGAGAGACAUGCUUCUCAGGUUAGGGCGCAGGUUAGAAAAGCGACAGCAGCUGCCAAGGGCUCGAAUGCUCCGUCGCCUGUGCCGACUGCAGAGGCAAUCAACCGUCCUCCUGCCAGUGUUGCAAUGAGCAGAGAUCCAAGCGCUCUCCGAAAUGAAGAAAAUGCGUCAGCGGCAACUCUUGGCUCUGUUAUAAAACCUACAGCAUCCCGUAAUGCAUCUGGUAGCACUAUUACAAAAGAAACUGGUCCUGCAUCUCCCAGAAUCGGCUCGGGGCCUCUCCCGACAAGGAUACCAUCUGAUACUGCACCGAGGCAGCGACUGGGAUCUCUACCGAUAUCAUCACCAUUAGCAUUACCGGACAAUACGGCGCGGAGUCCGUCGCCCGCGGCAUCCGAACAAAGCUCAGACGAAUCAGCAGAAGAGGAAGAUGACUCUGUACCACAAUCCCGCAUUAUUCGACGACCCCCCAGGUUCCAACCAGCAGAAACCGAUUCUGCAUCCAAAGAGGUAGAAGAUGAAGCAGAGCCGGCCUUUCAGCCAUUCCGAUCAACUAGUGAUCAUAAUGCCGCACAGGAUCUGGCCUCCACCUUGCGCGAGGAAGGUCGAGCUGGUGCUAGGAGAGGAUCAAGAGCGCCUGGACAGGCAGCCGACAAGCAACCCCAAAGGGUCGAUUCCUUUGGACAAUCGAAUAGCUCAAGCAAAGGGCCCGUACGAAAUUUGGACGCAAGUGGCGGGCCAGCAAUCUCCCCAAGAAGAAAAGCAGAUAUGGCCAGCAAUAGCCCAUCCAAUAGAAGCAAGGGCCAAUCUCAAGACGGAAGCGAAGGCACACCAAGCAUGGGUAGUAGCUUCAGCGAUCUUGAUGGUAAUAUCGCUCCUUUCUAAGUAUUUAACCAACGCUAACACGAAAACAGAUGCCUCCGUUACACAGUCAGCUCUGGAAGAAGCACUGGCAAGCCAUCUAAAGGGUGGUGCCUCAAGUCGGUUUAGUAUAAGCCAGGCCUUUCGCAGUCGAUACACGCCAAAUCCAAAUAAUUAGGCGUACGAAACCAUAAGAUAUUACAGCGAUUGUAUUUUCAAUAACAUAAUUAGCACUGGGUGGCGUUUUGACACAGACUGACGGGUUUUCAUAUUAUUAUAAUGCCUAACCAGCGACAAGCGUGCAAAAAUGAUAUUUCAAUUAUUAUUUACCAAAUUAAUGAAACGUGUGUAAUUGUAUGACUGGGAUUCACCUGUCUUCUCGGCUAUGCACCGUUAUCGGUG